UCUCGCGAGAUAAGGGUUGGUGAAGAUGGCGGCCUUCGGUGCAGAGCGGUGGCAGAGUGAGUUACCGAACCACGAUAUUUUCAAAAUAAUUAGGGAAAAGUUGGAUUUAGACUCAAAGGACGAUGAAAGGAGAGUCGCGAAGAACCUCGCGUUUUGUUUGGGCGUGGACCUAUUCGUGUGGGACGACGGAGAGCGUGUGUUUUACACCACCAACCUGCGCCAGUUGAACUCGGCGGAGAGUCAAAACAGCGGGAAGUUUCAGACGCUGCUCUGCAUCAACCCUCCCCUCUUCCAGGUGUGCCAGGUGUUGCUCAGCCCCACGCAGCACCACGUUGCUCUCAUCGGGCAGCGGGGCGUCUCGGUUCUGGAGCUUCCGCAGCGGUGGGGCAAAAAAUCCCAGUUCGAGGGAGGACGGGACAAGAUCAACUGCAGGACCAUCCCGGUGGCCGAGCGCUUCUUCACCAGCUCCGCGUCGGUGUAUCUGCGGCAGGCCGCCUGGUACCCCUGCGAGACCGGAGAGCCCCACCUGGUUCUGCUCACCUCCGACAACACCAUCAGAUUUUACAGCUUGAAGUCGCCCCAAACUCCGGCUAAAGUCCUGUCCGUGUCGCAGGCGGAUGACGACAGCAGCAUCCAUGCUCCCGUCAGAUCCUACGCAGCAUCUUUAGGGGAGAUCGCUGUGGCCUUUGACUUUGGGCCAGCGUCACCUCCUUCCCGGCAUCCUCCGGUGCAGGGCUCCAGAGAGCAGGUGGUCUACCCUCUGUUCAUUCUGUAUGAGACUGGAGAGACCUAUGUGAGCUACAGCAGCCUUUCCAAUGAGGUGACCCUGAGCAGACCAGCGGGGCCCCUCCCCAUGUAUCCUGCUGCGGAGGACAAUUAUGGCUACGAUGCCUGUGCCAUUCUGUGCCUGCCCUGCGUUCCCAACAUCCUGGUGAUCGCCACGGAGACGGGCACACUUUAUCACUGCGUGGUGCUGGAGUCCGAAGAGGAGGAGGAGACUGGAGCAGUGGAGAAAUGGACCAGAGGAGGAGAGGCGGUUCCUGCUCUCUACGUCUUCGAGUGCGUUGAGCUGGAACUGACGCUCAAGGUGGCGGCCGGAGAGGAGGAGGAGCCUCCGGAGCUGGAUUUCACCUGCCCCAUCCGACUUCACAGAGAUGCCCUCUGUCAGCAGAGGUACCAUUGCACCCACGAGGCUGGAGUGCACAGCGUGGGGCUGAUAUGGGUCAGCAAGCUGCAGAACUUCCUGCAGUCCAGCGAGGAGGAUAAGGACAGCUUGCAGGAGCUCGCAGCUGAGAAGCGCUGCAUUGUGGAGCACAUCUUCUGCUCCAGACCGCUGGUGACCAGCCACUCCUCCCCUGUGUGCGGGUUUUUGAUAGUUUCGGACCUCUCCUUGGGCGCCACUAUGAUCUGCAUCACCAGCACCUUUGAGUGCAUCACUAUGCCCCUCCUGAGCUCCAUCCGCCCCUCCUCCCCACCCCUCCUCUGCUCCCACCCAGGCCUGAGCUCCGCCAGCUCCCCUCUGCGUAGGCUCGCCGAGGACUCCUUCGAGCAGCACAUUCGCAGCAUCUUGGCCCGCGGCUCCACUAAUCCUCUCGUGCUGAAGGCCGGCGAGAAGGACACGUCUCCUCCUCCUCAGGAGUGCCUGCAGCUGCUUAGUAGGGCCACGCAGGUCUUCCGCGAGGAGUACAUCCUGAAGCAGGACCUGGCCCGGGAAGAGAUGCAGAGGAGGGUGAAGCUCCUGACCGGACAGAAGAACAAGCAGCAGGAGGAGCUGAGCCAGUGCCGGGAAGAGAAGAAAAGCCUGAGGGAGAUGGCCGAGAGGUUGGCCGACAAGUAUGAAGAUGCCAAGUAUCGACAGGAAACCAUCAUGAACAGGGUCAAGAAGGUUCUGUGCAGCCUGCAGAACCAACUGCCCGUCCUGUCCAACAGCGAGAAGAACAUGAGGAAGGAGCUGCAGGCUGUCAGCGACCAACUGAAGCACCUCGACAACUCCAUCAAACAGGUGACCAUGAAGAUGGAGUACCAAAAGACGCAAGUGAACAAGAACACGCCGGCCACCAGGGGAACCGUGUCCCUCAACGCCCACCAGAAGAAGGUUGUGCAGGACGUCCUGCGGGAGCAGGGCCAGCAGAUCGGUGACAUGAUGAAGCAGAUCAAAGACGUUAAAAGCCACUUUGGUUUCUAAGCAUUUCAGAUGUUGCCAAAGGUUAGAGGGACCUUCCAGAUUAAGAGCUGCUUUUUGGGACACUGAUUUCUGAUUCCAGGCAUUUUACACAAAGUCCUAAUGUUGUUUUUGGUUAAAAGUGUUUGUUCCUUAAAGGAAAUGCGCUCUUUUUAAAUAACUAAGAGCAGCAAGAAAACGAUGUCCUCACAGAUAACAAAUAUUUAAAGCCAAACUCGAAUGCAAUUCAUGUUUCUACAACCUUUGUUGAAUUUUUUUGACAAAAAAAUAAACUUUAAAGUUGUCUGCA